AUGGCGUCGUCGAAGGUGAUGGCGUCGUCGAAGCCGAAGAAUUCGGAUCUGGCUUCAACGUCGUCGUCCUCUUCAGCUUCACGAUCCCGUCGCUUUUCCUCUUCUUCUUCCUCUGCUACUAAACACCGCUCUUCCGAUCACUCAACGACAAUCCGGCCGCUCAACCUCGACAACUCCUCUUCCUCCAACAUGACCGUCGACGGAAUGCUGCGCAACGUCUACUCCGCUCCCUCGUCGGACUCCACGCUCCUCGACACUCAGAUAACCCUAAUGGAUGCCGCGACUCCUCCUCUCCCUCCUCCUUCUCUCGCCGCGGCAAUCGAUUCCAGCCACCACGCCAACGGCAGUAACGAUCAGGAAAUGGCAAUUGCUGUUGCCCCUACGCCGCGGGGGAGCAAUAAGACAGUCGACGACAUGUGGAGGGAGAUUGUGUCCGGGAGGAAGGAAUUGAAGGAGGAACCCGACGAGAUGAUGACUCUAGAGGAUUUCCUCGCCAAGGCCGGUGCGGUGGAGGUAGGCGACGAUGACGAUGAGGUGAAGAUGCCGCAGCUAGCUUCGGAGAGGCUGAGUGGGGGAGUGUUUGCGUUUGAUUCGGUGCCAGUGCCGCCGAAUGCUAUCCAUAUGCUGGAUAAGGUUGAAGGGUCGAUCGUCGGGUUCGGGAAUGGAGUGGAGGUGGCUACCUCUGGCGGGGGAUUAGGUGCGGGGAGAGGGAAGAGAGGUAGAGCGCCCGUUUUGGAGCAAUUGGAUAAGGCUGCGCAGCAGAGGCAGAGGAGGAUGAUCAAGAAUCGGGAGUCAGCUGCCAGGUCCAGGGAGAGGAAACAGGCUUAUCAAGUCGAAUUGGAGUCUUUGGCAGUGAAGCUAGAAGAGGAAAAUGAGCAGCUGCUGAGGGAGAAGGAAGAGCUUACAAAGGAAAGGUUAAAGCAGCUUAUGGAGAAAGUGGUUCCGGUGGUGGAGAGGCGAAAACCACCACGCACGCUGCGCAGAGUUCGGUCCUGGGUGUGGUAG